GUCGACUAUAAGAAGCCAACUUUCAGUAGAAUAAAGACAGUAAGUGAUAACGUUUGCAUUUAAAUACGAGGAUUUUCAGAAUUUUUGCAAAUUCACUUUUUUUCCCAAGUUACGAAAAAAAAACCGGUCAAAAUGCCAGUUAAUAUAGAAAAAGUCUUAAUCAGUGAUCCUGUGGAUGAAUCAUGUGCAGCACUUCUUACUGCUCACGGAGUUUCUGUGACUGUCAAAUACAAAUUAUCAAAGGACGAACUCAUAAGUGAAUUAAAGAAACACGAGGCCCUGAUAGUUAGAUCGGAAACAAAAGUUACGGCAGAAAUUCUAGCUUCUGUGUCGAAUCUACGAGUAGUCGGCAGAGCUGGUACUGGUGUUGACAACAUCGAUCUUUCAGCUGCCACGCGAAAAGGAAUUGUUGUUUUAAAUACGCCAGGAGGCAACAGUAUCAGUGCAUGUGAAUUGACAUGUUCCCUGAUAUCAGCACUGGCGAGAAAUGUCGUGCAGGCAAGUCAAUCAUUAAAGGAGGGACGAUGGGAUCGAAAAUUAUAUUCGGGCUUUGAGCUAUUAGGAAAAACACUCGCAAUUAUUGGAUUUGGUCGUAUUGGUCGUGAAGUGGCUCAAAGAAUGCAAUCAUUUGGAAUGAAUAUUGUCGCAUUUGAUCCAAUGCUCCCACAACAAAUUGCCCAACAAUUGAACAUUACAAAAUUAAGCCUCGAAGAAAUUUGGCCAAUCGCCGACUACAUUACCGUUCACACUCCCCUCAUUCCUCAAACGAAAAAUUUGAUAAACGCGACGACAUUAGGAAAAUGCAAAAAAGGAGUAAAUAUAAUAAAUGUCGCCCGAGGUGGAAUCAUCGAUGAAGAAGCGCUACUCAAUUCGAUUAAAAUUGGUCAUUGUGGAGGUGCAGCAUUGGAUGUUUUUAUUCAAGAGCCGCCAAAGAAUCCUAUUACUUUGGAACUUAUCCAGCAUCCAAAGGUUAUCGCCACACCCCAUCUCGGUGCAAGCACAGAAGAAGCACAACAACGUGUUGCAGUUGAAAUUGCCGAGCAAAUUUUAGCACUAUCGGGAAAAUCGACAAAAUAUAAUGUCACUGGAAUAGUGAAUGCGCCAAUUUUAACUGCCGCAAUGUCAGAAGAAAAUUUACCAUGGAUUGAAUUAUCAAAGAGACUGGGUCAAUUAAUUGGUCGAUUUUUAAAUAAAAAUCAGAAAAAAACAAUUGUUGAAUGUCAAACAAUUGGCGAUGAUGAAAUGAAAUUAAAGAAAUUCAUUCACACUGCAGUUUUAGUUGGAAUUUUAACGGGUCAAACGAAAAAUGGUUUAAAUCUCGUCAAUGCGCCGACAUUGGCCAAAGAAAUUGGCGUGCAAAUUAAUGAGAGUCACAUGAAUGAAGAAACAAGUGCAGUAAUUGUCAAAGUUGAUCAGUAUCAAAUUAAAGGAACAAUUCGUGACAAUGAACCUGUUUUGCUGUCGAUCAAUGAUUCUCUAUUUGCUAAUGGAAUUGUUCUUCGAGAUUAUGUUUCGUUGUAUAAAACAAACAAUGGAUUAGAAGAUCUAGCGGCUGUUGUGAGCGCCUUCUUAGCAAAGGGAAUCAGCAUACGUAGUUUAAAUACAAACGAAAAUUGGCUUAUUGUUCAAACAAACGUCGAUACAACAAUUCAAGUAAAUGACAUUGAGAGCUUUUAACGAACUCGUAUACGUCUCUCGUAUAUAAAUGUCCCAUUAAAUUAAUUCAAUUUCUUGUCUAUAUUCGCAUUAUAGCCCAUUAGCAAUUCAUUAUAUGUUUAAUACAAAAUAAUGACGAUCGAUUUUUUUUUUAUUCAAACGAUUUCAGUAUUUUUUUUGUGUAUAUAUACGUAAUCUGUUUUGGAAAUUAACACACUUUUUGUUGUGAUAUACGAUUAAAAAAAAAAAUCAGCCUAGGCCUGUGAAAAUUUAUUUAUUUAGUGUUAAUUGUUAAGUAAUUUUACUGUUAAAUGUUAAUUAAUUUUAAUAUUGACCUUAAUUAAUUUUUCUGUUAACUGUUAAUUAAUUAUUACUCAAUAGUAAAUUGUUUCAAAUUUGCAGCGUACUAUUGUAAAUGCAUUUAAUUCUAGUGUAUUAAGUGUAAAAAAAUGUAUUUUGUACGAAAUUUAAUUCACAGUAAUAAUAAUAAAUAGCAAUAAAAAAUAGUAAAUUAAAAAAAUAAUGUAAUUAGUGUAGUUUAAAUAAUGCAAUUUGUGUAAUUUAAAUAUUGUAGAGCAAUUUAAAUGACAAUGUAAU